AUGGACUGCCUGAGCCCAGGAUUUUGAGUUUGAGUUUGCUGUGAGCUAUGAUGACAACACAGUAUUUUGCCCAAGGUGAUGGGGUAAGACUUCAUCUCAAAAAAAAAAAAAAAAUAGAAUAUAGAGCUAUUGAGUGAACAGAAUGACUUUGGGGGAGAUGAGCUGCAUCCUGCCAAAAAUGGCAUCUCCUAUGGGGCUGCCCCCGCAAUUAAAAAAUAAAAAUAAACUAUACAGAGAUCAGAAUGGAACUGCUGUGUCUGAGGUAUGGGAAGCCGGCAUUUUGAAUUCACCUUCCAAGGUCCCCCAAGGAUGUGCGAGGAGGCAGCUGGUAACUGGGUCUAGAGACUCCACUUUGGGAGGCAACAGCUUAGAGAUGAUUUAGGCCUGGGUCUGGAUGAAGUCAACAGAGAAUGGGUCAGAAAUCAAGCCCAGGACACUCAGAGGGUAGCUUUAGCCCUUCUGCCCCCUAGACCAGAGACUGGGGUUGGGGAUAGAGGACAAAAGACAAGUGUCCUCACCUUUGAGUCUCUGCACCCAGCAGGCAUUUGGUGUGCAUUGGAUUAAAUAAAGCCAGAAGGUGAGCGGGCUUUAUUUGCAUUAUUUCCAUUUAGCAUCCUAGCAUUAUUUUAUUGGCUUAGGCCCAAUGGGAGGCUUUUAUAAGAGCACUUAAUUAUUCCCCUGAGUAAACCAUAGAUAGCAGGAGAGGAUGGGUGGGCAGACACCACUUGUUUCAUCACAAACUCAGUUCUCUUCAACAUCCUGGCAGCCAUACCUCCUAGUCUCUGGGUUCUUGGGGAGUGAUGGGGAGGAAUAUCUUUUGGGCUCACGGUCUGAGGAUGUUCAUUACAACUGAGACUUGCAUGUUGAAAAGGAGACAUUUGUGUAAAGACCUGGGAGCAGAACAUGCCUGGUGGUGGCAGUGGGGUUCAGAUGCUUGGGGUGGGGCUCCAUGAGUCUCAGCAGUUAAACAAGGCUAAGGUGGACAGAGGCCAAGCUGGGAAGGUUGAGGGCUGUGGUGAGAAAUUGAGAGCCAUGAGUGGAGGUGGAGGGUGUUGGUGGUGAGGUGGUGGAGCAGGGUGGGGAUUGCUACAGGUAGAGCUGAGGGGAAGAGACCAGAGUGUGUGGAGCCACAGCAUCAGCUUCCUGUGCCUGCAUGCCGGGCUUUUCUGUCCUCUAUUCUCAGCAUCAUGGCAGAGCAGGAUGUAGAAAAUGAACUUUUGGAUUAUGAGGAAGAUGAAGAACCCCAGGCUCCUCCGGAGAGCACUCCAGCUCCCCCUAAAAAAGACGUCAAGGGAUCCUACGUUUCCAUCCAUAGCUCUGGCUUCCGGGACUUUCUGCUGAAGCCAGAGCUCCUGAGGGCCAUUGUGGACUGUGGCUUUGAGCAUCCAUCAGAGGUCCAACACGAGUGCAUUCCACAGGCCAUCCUGGGCAUGGACGUCCUGUGCCAGGCCAAGUCCGGAAUGGGCAAGACAGCAGUUUUUGUGCUGGCCACCCUGCAGCAGAUCGAGCCUGUCAACGGACAGGUGACAGUCUUGGUCAUGUGCCAUACAAGGGAGCUGGCCUUCCAGAUCAGCAAGGAAUAUGAGCGCUUUUCUAAGUACAUGCCCAGUGUCAAGGUGUCUGUCUUCUUCGGUGGCCUCUCCAUCAAGAAAGAUGAAGAAGUAUUGAAGAAAAACUGUCCCCAUGUUGUGGUGGGGACCCCAGGCCGGAUCUUGGCCCUUGUGCGGAACAGGAGCCUCAACCUGAAGAAUGUGAAGCACUUUGUGCUGGACGAGUGUGACAAGAUGCUGGAACAGCUGGACAUGCGGCGGGAUGUGCAGGAGAUCUUCCGCCUGACGCCCCAUGAGAAGCAGUGCAUGAUGUUCAGUGCCACCCUGAGCAAAGAGAUCCGCCCUGUCUGCAGGAAGUUCAUGCAGGAUCCAAUGGAGGUGUUUGUGGAUGACGAGACCAAGCUCACACUGCAUGGGCUACAGCAGUACUAUGUCAAGCUCAAGGAUAGCGAGAAGAACCGCAAACUCUUUGAUCUCUUGGAUGUGCUAGAGUUUAACCAGGUGGUCAUCUUUGUCAAGUCUGUGCAGCGCUGCAUGGCCCUGGCCCAGCUCCUCGUAGAACAGAACUUCCCAGCCAUUGCCAUCCACCGGGGUAUGGCCCAGGAGGAGCGCCUGUCACGCUAUCAGCAGUUCAAGGACUUCCAGCGGCGGAUCCUGGUGGCCACCAAUCUGUUUGGCCGAGGGAUGGAUAUUGAGCGAGUCAACAUCGUCUUCAAUUAUGACAUGCCUGAGGACUCUGACACCUACCUCCACCGGGUGGCCAGGGCGGGUCGCUUCGGCACCAAAGGCCUGGCCAUCACUUUUGUGUCUGACGAGAAUGAUGCCAAAAUCCUCAAUGAUGUUCAGGACCGGUUUGAGGUGAAUGUGGCAGAACUUCCAGAGGAAAUUGAUAUCUCCACAUACAUUGAACAGAGCCGGUAACCACAUGCCUCAACAGCCUGGAGCCGCCCAAGUGCUGCUUCACACCAGAUGGGUCUCUCUUUUUAUUGUUCAAAAGCUGUAGAUUUGUGUAAGAAUAAAUUUUUAUUAUGGAA